AUGGUAGCCGUGGAAACUUAUGUAAAUAAUCAUUUUGGUAAAAUUCUACCUACACUGAUAUUAGGCGACAACCAAAAAUCUCGAGUCCCUCUUAUACCUACCAAUAUUGAUCUAGAGUCUAUAACAUCAUCCCCACCUGCGGAAGAAUCAAUUGCUUUGGGCAAUAAACUACAUUACAUGAUCAAUUCGAUGAUUAAUACAAAUACUAAAUUAACUGCUCUUACUGAGUGUAGGGAGUCUAUGACAAAAUCCCAUAAAAAUGAUACAGAAAAUGAAUUGGACGAAGAUAUAGUAAAGAAAGAUGAAAUAUCAGCAUCUGAAUACCCUAUUGACGUAUUUAAAGACAAGAACAUUGUAACUGCUGUGGCGUGUAUUUCAAAAGAUAAUGAAAGAAGUGAAAUAAAUAAAGAUACAAUAAAAAAUCUGUUUAAAUAUGAAGCGAAUGAUUCGGAGAAUGAGGUUCAAAAUUUACAAAACGCGUUAUGUAAUCAAAUAUCAAAUGGUACAUUUCAAAAACGAUUGAAAAUAAAAAAACUAACCUUAACACCCAAACAUUCCAUACAACAAGUGAUUGUUCUAAAUUCUGGAGACGCUAAUUCAUUGCUUAUUAAAUCAACAAUGUCACAAAAAUUUACCUUUUCUAAAACAGAUAAAACGGAACUCAAACUUCUACCAAUUUUGUCGAAAAAAUCUAUAAAUAGAUCAUUCCCUCUUCAAGUAUCUACUGUGGGGUAUGCUUUUCCAAAAUAUAAUAAAAUGAUAAAUCUUACUAGAAACGAAGCAGUACUAUUGAAAGAGAAAACCUUAGAUAUAAAAUCUGUACAAAAAUUAAUACCUAAGGAAAAGCUGUGUGAUAAAAAUUUUCAGUGUAAUAUGUGCAUGAAGGAUGACGCAGAACUAAGAAAAUGUUAUAUUUCUGAAUUGGUAAAGAAUAAAUGUAUAAGCACUCGGUCUGAGAGCUUCUAUCGCUUAAGCGACUCUAUUGAGGAAGAUGUUGGAAAAUUGGGGAAAGUGACAGAAAAUACAGAGGAGUGUAAAGAUGAUGUUUCAGUUAACAUAACUGAUAAUCAUGAAAAUAUUAGCAACUCAACAUCGUUAGAUAUUCUUGUUAGUCUUUUAAAUGAGAUCAAAAAGAUUACAUCGUGUCAGGCUAAUAUUGUGAAUUAUAGCAACGAAAUGAGUACUGUUCCUAAAAACAAAGAAUUUGAGGUUUUACAUAACAAUGUUUCUGUUCCAGAAAAUACUCCAGAUAUAAGUAUUAAUAGUUCCAUGUCUUUGUCUUCUCUAAUCAGUCUGAAACACGAAAAUUGUUCCUUACUUCAAAAUGUUGUUGAGGAUGCUUAUCUUAAUUUUGAUACAACUGUAACUAAAAAAGUAGAGCUACGGAAUAUACAACCUUUAUUCUUAGAUAAGGAAGUGACUGUCAAAACGUCAGAAAAACACGUUGUACACACUUUUACAGAUGUACCAUCUCGUUUUUUUUCGACUACAGCCAAUAAAAGUACAGAGUUCAUAAAUUCUUUAAAAAUAAUUGAAAUGAGUUCAAGUCGCUCGUUGAGCUCAUUUUAUGACCGUAGUAUUUUACACUACAAUUCAUCAUUCCACAACAUUACGAAGUCACCAAAAUUUAACCAAGAAGUAUUAUUGGUCAGGGAAACAACCAAUAAGAAUAAAAGAAACGAGAUCAUGCUCUCAAAUGCUUUAACAAAAAAUAUGAUGGAACAUAAGAAUAAUGCACUCUCUGAAUUUGAUCCAUUAAUGAAAAUGAAAAGAGAUAUUUUAGUGACUGUUUAUUCUGUCCUAGUUUUAACUGUUUUUGCCGCUUUAACAUUUCCGGAUUUUUUACAUCUUGUG